AUGGGACCACCGCCAGCAGUGUUUAUAGAUUGCCCUCGAGGAGAUCAUAUGACGAACGUCGUGCACUUGCCACCACUGCUUUUGGUAUCCCACCUUACGUCAAUCAAGGCACUCAAUGGCACUAAUCAUAAGGAGUGGCUUGAAUCCCUAACUGUGACACUAGCAAUCAUGCAUUUGGACACUGCUUUGUUAACUAAUGAGUCUCCCAAACCCACAGUUGAAAGCAAUAUUGAAGCCAAGACACUCUCAAAAGAGUGGGAGGAAUCAAACCGUUUGUGUACCUUGGUUAUAAGGCACACCAUUGAUAAGUCUAUUAGAGAGAGUAUAAUUGAACUAAAGAAGGCCAAGGAUUUUUUGGCAGCGGUUGCCAAGAAAUUUCAAAAAUCUGACAAGGCAAAAAGGGGAACAUAUUUGAAGAUGUUCUCAAACACAAAAUAUGAUGGUGUCGGUGGAGUUUGUAAUCACAUUCUGAAAAUGACCAAGUAUGCGAACAAGCUGCCUAUUAUGGAAGUGAAAAUAUCUGAUGCAUUCCUAGUAUGGCAGAUUAUAGAAUCUCUCCCUGCUCAAUUUGAUUCCCUCAAGAAAUCUUACAAUGCAAAUAAUCUGGAAUGGAAUAUUGAGUAA